CUGGCUACCGCAAGCUAUGCAACUGGAAUAGAGGAGGGGGAUUUGUCUGAGACAGCGAUCCUCUGGGGUCAGGUACUUUGGACGGACGGGAUGGGAUAUGCAACAAGGAGGGAUCAUGACAUGACGGAGUUUUACGCGUUUUGGGUUGCACUGGGCCAAUAUCAUCAUGUAUUUAACAAACACACAAACAUACACACACCAAGGAAUGACCAUAAAUACAAGAAACAAAUACAACAGCUUGAUGCAUUAUUAGUGAGGGGCAGACAUUCUAAUCCCUGUCGUGUCUUUUCAUUAGCCUACCUGGUCAGGGGUGGCACUCGUGUGAUCAUCCUCUCUCUCUCUCUCUCUCUGUGUGUGUGUGUCCUUUGGCUGCCUGCCUGCCGUGUGUAUUAAUA